CGGCCCCCGUCUGUUGACACACCUCCCCUGCAAAAAGGGCCCUUCUGAGUGGAAGGGGGAGAAGGUAAACAGAGUUGAAUCACUGUCCCGGCUGACCAAUUGGUGGUGUUGGGGUGGGCUGGGGGGAAGGCUCGGUGAGGAACCUUUUGCGUGAUGGGCUUCUGCGAAAUUGGUCCUGAGCAAGACUGUGCCGGAACAGCGAGGAGCCGUAGGCGAGCGGGGAGUGAGUCAGGCAGUGGGCAGCGCAAUCAGCCAAAGUCUGUGCCGCCGCCGCUGCUGCUGCUGCCGCCGCCUCCGAAUCUCACGCUCGGGCAGAUGUUUCAGCCCUGCGCUUUCUGACGGGGGCGCCGAGAAGGCGCUGGGAAGCCUCAGCAAGCCGGGCGGCAGGGGAAGCCAAAGUCGCGGCUCGGCUGCGCGAUCUGCCGAACUCCUCCUCUGCUCAUUUCACAGCCUCUUUCCCCUUCCCCUUGAAGGGCGGGGAGAAGACGAAGAAGAGGGGAAAACACCCCCUGGUGCUACUUGAAUUACUUGAAAUCGCCACUUGUGACACUGUUUUCUCAAGAAGACCGCCUUAGAAUAGUGCAACCUUUCCUCCAGCGUGCUCGGGAGUGCAUGACACGCGCGCACACGCUCAGGCUCACACGAUCUGGAGUUUGCUAGCUGCGAAGGGGGCGCGAGCAGCGGCGGUGACUGAGGUCAAAAGGUAGGCUGAGCGGCGUUCCUCCCUUGCUCGGCGGGGUCACGAAUGGCCGUGGUUAUGUAAACCGCCGAGUCGCGGAAGGGGUUCCCUUUGCCCGGCUGCCGAGGCACCCCACCCCACCUCCACCCGUGAUCUGCAGCCUGAAGGCAACACAGCAAGCAGCCUGGUGAUUGCAACACCCACCCGCCCACCUACCCACCCAGGCAGCCAGCCCGAGAGAGAGAGGGCGGCGACGACAGCCCGACAGACAGCAAGGAAGUGGUUUUUAAUUUGGGGGGCUUUUGCAGUUGGGGUCUUUUCUCUCUGCUCCGCUCUUUCCCUCAAUUAUUUCCUUCCUGGUGGGAAGGGUGGCUGAUCAUCGCCCGCAGGAUGUCAGCAGUGGCUUACAUGGACUUUGUGGCUGCCCAGUGCCUGGUGUCCAUUUCCAACCGCUCCGUGGCACAGCAAGACAUGGCCCAGGAAGCAGAGCUGCUGAAGAUGCCCGAGGAAGAAGAGGAGGAAGCAGCUGCUGUCGUGACCAAGGAAAUGAACGACCCUCGGGAUGCCUGGAAGGAUUAUUGCACUUUGGUGACCAUUGCCAAAAGCUUGUUGGACCUGAACAAAUACAGACCCCUGCCGACCCCCUCCAUCUGCAGUGACAGUGUGGAGAGCCCAGAUGAGGACGCCGGAUCAGACAGCGACGUGACCACCGAAUCUGGGUCGAGCCCUUCCCACAGCCCAGUGGAAGGGCAGGAUGCUGGCAGCGUGCCCGACCCCCUCUCCUCCCUCCUGCACAGUGGAGUGCCUCCAAAAGGGAAGCUGGCCACCGAAAAAAGACAUAAGUGCCCCUACAGUGGCUGUGGCAAAGUCUACGGCAAAUCAUCCCAUCUGAAAGCUCAUUACAGAGUGCAUACAGGUGAGCGACCAUUCCCUUGCACAUGGCCAGAUUGCCUUAAAAAGUUCUCCCGCUCUGAUGAGCUAACACGGCACUACCGAACCCACACUGGGGAGAAGCAGUUUCGAUGUCCACUUUGUGAGAAGAGGUUUAUGAGAAGUGACCACCUGACAAAGCAUGCUCGUCGCCAUACUGAAUUCCACCCCAGCAUGAUCAAGCGAUCGAAAAAGGCCAGCUCUGCCUCCUUUUGAAUGACAGACUGCAACUGGGGUGGGGUGGGGUGGGAGUUCACCAUCGUUGCAAAGGCAUAACUGAUCAGCACAAAUUCAUCCACCACUGUACAGUCAUAUUGCCCUACCUGCAUUUUGAAAGCACAUGUAGCUGGAAGUUAAAGAUCAACAUUGUGUCCCGUCCACCCUGCUAUGCUACCAACAACAGUCUUAAAUCAGUGGCUGCUGGGUGGGAGUGGGGAGGGGAUCAGCAGAAAUAAUGCAACUUUUUAAUAUAUAGUUCAAAGAAUUGACACUGGUGUAUAUACGUCUGACUGGGUGGUUUGGCCUGUGACCCCACAGUAGUGAUUCCAAGCUCUUUGUGAUUGCUGUGUCAUGGACAUGUUUGUUGACUAAUGUAAUGCUGCUUGUAUUUAAAAAAACAACAAAAGCAUUUCGUAAAACCACUUUCCAACUCACUUUAAGUAUUUCUGCAAAGAAAACAAGCAAACAAAACUCCAUAGCACAUGUUUAGAAGGCUCACUUCUCUUUCUCAAUGUUCCACCCUGUUCAAGACUGUUCAGAAAAAAAUUACUUCUGUUGUUCAUAUUAGUUGAUUGAUAUACAAACCAAGACAGACAGACAGACAGACAGACAGACAGAAGCAGACAUUUAUACUGAGGAAGACCAGCUCUGCAUAACAAGGUCUUUUUUAUGAGCUACACUUUUGAAUACAAGCUGCUCUUUUUUUCCAGCGAAAACAUCCAUGCAAACCAACUAUGAAGCAAAAAGGAAAACAAGAAAUAAGCUGGUGAAUAUUAUGCAGCUCUAUUAGUCACUUGCCAUUAGGAUAAAAAGGGGAGGGGGAGCAACAGAAAUCACCCUAAAGAAUGUGGCAGUCCUGUGAGACCCUAAUAUUUUCCCUCGUUCAGCUGUUCACCUGAAAACCCACAGACUGGACUGUACUAUAUAAAUACCACUAACAGUGCUUUAUUCUGCUGUAUUUUGUUGGAAUGAAUGCAGAACAGCAGCUACCAUCUUUAUAAGCUACCACUUUUGUAAAGGUUUUAUUUUCCUUCUCUCUCUCUCUCCCCCCCCCCCUUUCCCUUUUCUCCCCUCCCCCCCCCCCCCUUCUCAAUGGUGCAUUCUCUUCAUCCACUUGCCAGAUUCCUGUGUCAGCCAAUAGGAACUAUGUGCAUUUAUGAAGAGAACAGAUCUCUUCCCCCACCCCACCCCCUGCAAAACAUUCUCUGUGUGAACUGAGGCAACUACAACUCAUUUUUAAAACUACUUUUCAACAGACUUUUACCUUUUCAUAAAUUGCAGCUGUUAUACAGAGUGUGGGAAGAAAACAACAACAAGAACAAGGUAAUGAAAACUGCUACACAGGAGGUAUGUCCAAAUGGGGGAAAAAAACCUUAUGACAUGAGCCUUGUCACUAUGUACCUUGCAAUCUUACCUUGUAUGUCGGGCUUGAUACAUUUAAUGAUAAUGGCAAUAUUUCAUCUGUUUAAAUGCUAAGGUUCCCUCCUUAAAACCGGAGGAAAGACAUCACUGGGGGAAGCCUUUAGCAUCUAGCCAAGCAGUCGUCUUUGUUAAUGUUAAAAGCAUGAAUCUUACAAAGGUUGUAGUCCCGGACUUUCCCUCCCCCUUCUCUUAUAACGGUGGAGAAUUAUGUUUACAGACUUCUCCCCUCCAGAAACCUCCCCUGCUGUGUUCUCGAUGCCUCCUUCGCAUGAAGGAAGGAGAGGUGCAACUGUCCUAUCGAGGGCUAAAUUUAUCUCUGAGGUAAUCGCAUUGAGCCAGUGGGAUUAUAUCAGGAUCAAUUUGCCCCAACUUUGUAAAGAAUCUGUACAUAUUACUCUUGUAAAGUACACCUACAAUGACAGUAUCUUCUUGUUUCGCCUGAUAAAAAGCUAGCUUCCUAGAAAAAUAAAACAACAUCUCAGAGAGUAGAGUAUUCUACAUUUGCCCGUGGCUUCCAGCACUAGAACUCAGUAUGCAUCUCGCAUUUUUACCUGUGUGAUUCAUUAUAAAAUCUGUCUAUGCGAAGAGAAUGGCUUCUAAAUAAAGGCGUCAGGGGCAACGAACAAUCUAUGGCAUUUCAAAAGCAAAAAGGGAUGAGUUUUCUUCAGUGAAGACAUGUCAGGAAACCAAGCACACUUUCUACCUCCGUUUCAGCUUUUUGAAACGUUUGUUUUAUGAUAAACCAAAAUUAAUUUCUGGUGUCCAAAAUAAAUCGUAGGGACAUUUGUUCUUCCUUAUAAAAAUUGGUAGCCUGGCUAUUUCUAUCGUUCUAGUGUAAACGUAUUCUGCUUUACCAGCACUAUUAAUGCUGCCUUGUUGAUCAGGGUGAGGACCGUGUGGUAGGCCAGCAACUCACAAAAUGGUAUUGUUCCAACCGUCCUCCCCUUUGACGUGAGACCAAUUCUUAAGAGCCUAAGCUCUAGUAGGAGUCCUGCGAAUGCAACAGUUGCUAGAACUAGGCUGUUGUUCCAACGUAGGACGAGUGCAGUAUUAACUAAAUAGAGCCUGGAUGCUGAAUGCUGUUAUUUCACCUUUACUAUAAGGCAAGCCACAGGCGCAGGAAUGACGCUUCCUUGACAAAUAAUCAGGUCACAUAGGCCCCUGGUGGCGGAGUGGUUGAGGCAACGGCCUGCUUUUUGGAUGGCUGCAGCUACCUAAGCUGAUCACUUGCGGGAUGGUCGGCUCCAGCUCCACCUUUGGGUUGGAGACAGUUGCUUCCUUGUGUGCAGGAGGCCGUAGAAACAGCUCUGCCUCAGCCAUACCAGCCAAACAGAUCAGAACAAUACUUGCUGUGCCCUAAAAGACACUGAGGCACAGCUUGUCGGCAGAAUAUAUUUAAAAAGGACAACACGUGACUUAUUCCUCUCAUUCUUAAAAAACAUUCUUACAUGCAAACCUACCAAGAAAUGUAUAAAUAUAUGUUUAGGUUUAUUCUCCUAAUAAUUCUUCCUUCUAUAAAAACUGUUCCCGAAAACAGCAACCAUUUAACAUUCAAAUUUGUGAUGCCAUUUUUUAUCACUUUAGCAAGGUGUGCAUGACCACCUUGCUUAUGGUGACGGCAUUUGUUUUUCACUUGGCUCCCAAUUUGUGAUGAGUCGGUUGUCUGACAUGUAACGGAAAAUAUUUGCAUGUGACCAGGAACGUCUUCACUAGUGUGUACUGAAUAAGUGACAGGCAGCAUUUCUGGUUUUGCCAACAUUCAGUGUGUCAGACAACCCAUUCACUACAAGCAGCCAGCACGACUCUGUUGGUGUGUGGUGGAGGGAGAGCAGCCUCCACUGCAAGGUUUUCAGGGGGAUUGCAGCGCGCACCAGCCCUCAAGACGGGACCACUUCCCGCUUUUGCAGAGCUGCCUGUGCAUAGCCAGGUCCUAACGGGCUUAUUUACCUGUUUGGUCGCAAACACAGUGUUGGGAAUUUUGGAUGCCACUUCUCUUCCGAUGAGAGUGAUGCAGGAUAGGGGAAGGUAAUUAGCAGGGCAGAAACAAUAUUUGGGGUAAUGCUCAAACCUUCCCCACCGGCUGCUUCUCUCUCUCUCUUUCUCCCCCCUCCCCCCUCCCCUCCCCCUCCCCCUACCCAUUGUUUUGCUUUCCCUCAAGCGGAAUCAGAGUGGAUUGGAGGACAAAUCCUUGAACACGGAUUCCUGCAAAUUGAUUCCCUAGCAGAUUUAUUCCAAAGCAGCAGUGGCAAGGAUGGCGACACCCAUGAUUGCUGACAAACAUGUCUAUAAGCCCACCUAUUUAUGAAACUGUUGUGGGAAAGGUGACUUAUAUGCCUGCGCCCCAGAAAAGUUGUGUGUAGGCCAAGCCUCCAAGAGGGUCUCAGGUCUACUCUCAGACGUCUCUGACUGUAUCUUUGGCUGUAAUUCUCAACACAUUUAACUUGAAAGCAAGUUUCAUUGAAGUGAAUGGGGCUUGUUUCCAGAUAUGUAUGGUUAGCAUUGAGGUGUAAGUCAUGCUUCUUAGGAGUCUUCCAAAAGUAACAUCAGAAGCUACCCAAAGUUUAUUAACCACUAAUGAGUGAAAUAAAAUAGGACAAGUUGUCUCGUUUGGUGUAAAAGCAAACAGUGAAUUUCAUGUGCAAACUUUACAAUGCAGUAAAAAUCAGAUGGGAUCUCUUUUAACAAAAGGGAGUUUGGAAAGAGACUAUCACAGGUGUUGAGAAGAAAGAAAAAAAAUCAAGCUCUCUGUGAACAUAUUUGCCACAUUACUCUGGAAAUUCUUAAGAGUGCUGAUAUGAAGGCGGCUCCUCUCCUCAGUUCAGAAAGACCUCCCUAGAGAAGCCAUGGCUUUAAACUAUUGCUAUGUAACAUCUUUUGUGAACAUUUUUGAUGACUUCUAUACAGGUCUCAUUUCUGUUUGCUGAUGGACUUAGCCCAAGUAUGCACCAGAUUGGACAUACUCUUCAAAUGCUGUUUUACUACAGAUUAACAAAUCUGUAACACUGUAAAAUACCAACCUUUACAAGUUUAAUCCAUUUUAUUUUUGUACAGUAUUCGUAUUCUUUCUAAGUUAUUUUGCUGUCCUGUUUUGUAAAUCACAUGAAAUUGUAAAAAAAGAAAAAAAGAAAAAAGUAGGCAUAGGUGUUUUUGUACAUAUGUAUAUAAGUUGUCCAAAUAAUUAAAAAAUAAAAAAGAAAAAGAAA